AUGCCUGAUCUAGAUAGAUCAGGCGAUUACAAGGACAUCAAAGCGAGUAAAAUCCGAAUGAAAGAAACCAAAGCUGAAAAAGCUGAUCGAAUCUAUCGUAAAGAACAACAACGUCUCAGCCGUGAAUCACAGCGUAUAUCACGUGCGAAUGGGUAUGCAGUUUCGCCUCCCAGACGUGAUAGAUCGGUUGAAUCAAUCUCACCACCUCGUAAUCAAACCAAGAGAACUUAUCAGGAAACAGAAGAAGAUGAAGAAGAAGCAGGACAAGGGGAAUGGAUGGGUGGAUAUGGGCGACGAGCCAGAGAAGAAUUAGAAAAAAGAGAAUGGGAAGAUAAGAUCAAUUGGAUGGCGGGUAGUUUGAAUGUCGAAGAUCCUUUUGGACCCAGUUGGGGAUUUGCAGGAUUCAGUCAUGGUCUUGAAGAUAUACAUAUACCCAGAAGAUUCAGGGAGGCAGCUGGCUUAGGCUUACGAGGUGAUCCAGGACCAAGUUCUAGUAGGAAUGGAAGAAGAGCUGUAGAUGAAGUUACGAUGAACGGUGGACCUGCCCCUCCACUUGGACGGAUGACUGAAGAUGAAUAUUCCACCUGGGUGAGAGAAGGGAUGUAUCGGCUCAAACAUCGUUCAGAACUAGAAGCUGCCGAGAGAAGACGGAAGGAGAAAGAAGAGAAGGAAAGAUUGAAAGAGAUCGAAAGGGAAAAAGCUCAGAGGGAAGAACAGAAGAGAAUCAAGAGGUUGAAGAAGCAAAAGGGAGAGGAUGAAGAGAAGAAACGUCAGAAUGAGAGAACCAGAUGGAGAGAAAGAUGGAAGAAUCUGGUUGAAAAGGACGCAGAUGUGGUACAGAUCGAUAUGUCUUUCAAUGAUAUCCCUUGGCCUAUCUAUCGACCCACCCAUUCAUCACAUAUUACGAUUGAUCAUCUGUCGCUGGAGAAUAUACGCACAUUCAUUCAUGCGAAUGCGGAAGAUGUAGCUGAAGAUGGGAAAGUUGAUAUCAGGAAGACUAUCAGAGAAGCGAUAAGGAAUUAUCAUCCGGAUAGAUUCAAUUCGAGGAUAUUGGUCAGAGUGAAAGAGAAGGAUAAAGAAAUGGUGAAAGAAGGUGUAGGGGUGGUCAGUGGAUUGUUGAAUGAUCUCGUGAGGGAAAUCAGGUAG